UCCUAAAACAUGAAAACCCGAUUACAAAUUCCAAAUUCCUAAGUUAAAACUUUAAUGCUCUCUAUUUCCUAAACAAAAAACCAGGAGGCCACUCAAAGCUCAACUCAGCAAUGCUUCCGUCUAACAACCAGUCUUUGCAGUUUUCAAGUCAACCGAGGCCGUCAGCUCUUGUUGAUUCCACUACUUCAAUGCAAGUGGAUAAGAACGAAGCCUCUUUCGUUGCCAGGGAUGAAAUGCAAAAUGGAGAAUUUUCACAAGCCAAAUCCAUCAUUGAGAGUUCUAAGAAACUUCAAGAUGAUCUUCGCAUGUUGGGAAUGAAAAUCAAGCAGCACGAGGAUAGCAUAAAACUUCUAAAGACUCAGAAGAACAAACUAGAUGACUCUAUACUUGAUAUGCAAGUCAUGCUUGGCAAGUAUCACUCUUCUAGUGCACCUAAGACUGAAAACAAGGACCAGUUGCACCUUCAAAGUGAGGAGGAAACAACUGAACAGAUUCUUCGGCAUGAAAAGUCAGCAGCAGGAAUUCUGUGUCAGCUGAAAACUCGUCAUGGCACUCAGGCUUCCCAUCUGACUUUGACAAAGGAUGUACUUGGUCCUGUUGCUGCACUUGGCAAAGUAGAUGAUGAAAAUCUUAGUAGGCUUUUCUCGGAGUACCUGGGAGUGCAGACUAUGUUGGCAAUUGUUUGUAAAACUUAUGAAGGUAUUAAAGCUUUGGAAACAUACAACCAGGAUGGCUGCAUUGAUAAAACUUCUGGUCUGCACGGGCUUGGUGCUUCCGUUGGACGGUCUUUAGAUGGCCGAUAUCUUGUAAUUUGUCUUGAAAGUUUAAGACCUUAUGCUGGUGAUUUUGUAGCUGAUGACCCCCAGAGGAGGCUUGAUCUUUUAAUGCCAAGAUUACCAAAUGGGGAAUGUCCUCCAGGCUUUCUUGGCUUUGCAGUGAAUAUGAUACAUGUGGACAGCUCAAACUUAUUUUAUGAUACUGCCAGUGGGGAUGGCCUCAGAGAGACUUUAUUUUACAAUCUGUUCUCCCGCCUUCAAGUGUACAGAACAAGGGCAGAGAUGGUUCUUGCUCUCCCUUGUAUAAGUGAAGGAGCAGUCUCUCUGGACGGUGGGAUGAUCAGAAGCCCUGGUGUGUUUUCCCUAGGCAGUCGGGAAGAGGUAGAUGUGAGAUUCCUGAAACCCUCUGCAACAUCAGACGUGCCGCAAAAUUACAUUGAAACUGAGAAGCAGAUGAAAGAGAUGAGAUGGGAAAAAGAGAAGUUGGUAGAGGAUAUGAAGAGGGAACUUGCAUUGCUGAAUAGUGUGAAGUUCAAUUUUGAAAGCAAGAAGCAAGACUUUGUCAAGUUUCUUGCUCAAAGCUCAUCGUAUGCAACUCAGCAUCAGUUUCAGGCGGCAAGAGAUAGGUCAACUCCAAGAUGACGACAACAACUUGGUCUAGCUAGCAGAUUGAAAAGAGUGCAAAAGCCUUAAACACAAAAUUUCAGCUGCUGCCACCAUGGUAAAUUUUUUUUGCCUUGUGGCGGACACAGAAUAAUUGGAGGAAAGGCAAAAGCAAAUGUUCUUUUUUGAGACUUUUUUUUUCCUUGAUAAGCUUCUGCUUUCACAUGUCAAAACUGGGACUAGUUUUUUUCUCAAAUGUGGACACAGGCACCAUUGUGAACCAGAAAUUGACAGACCACGGAAGGCAUCCCUUGGUCCUUAAUAUCGACAAAAGGAAAGUGUAAUGAGUGGUUGUUCAUUGAAGGCAGGACCUGUAUGUUGUAAACUGUUUUAAGAGGAUUUUAGCUUUGCUUCAUUAAUGUCCGAAGUCCCCAACUUCUGAACUGUGUUUUUUCUGAUGAUUCAUUUUAGUCAUCUGUACAGUGUACAUCACAUUAAUCUUUAAAUGCUGUACAAUUUUCUGGUCCUCGUGCAUCUGCCAUGAAGAGCGUAAAAUUUUUAGUGCAUAAAAAGAAAAAAAAAAUGGUAGGAUCAAUU